AUGAAACUCGUCCUAGUAUCAAUUGUUUUGUGUGUGGCUGUUUGCGUGGUCAGUACGACGAAGCUACUUGCUUCAUCGACACACCAAUUAAGUCGUCGGGAAACUAGCCUAUUGAAACGAUUAGUCAAACGUCAGGCUCGAACUGAUCCAAGUUGUAAUCCUCGUACAUGUGCUAUACCUAAUUGUGGUAAAGAUUUCGUAGCAGGAACUUUACCGGGUGAAUGUUGUGAAAGAUGUAUACCAUGGGAAUAUGCUAGAAGCAUGGGAAUUCAAUAUCGACAAGAACCACAAACACUUCAAGAUAAUCGAGGUCCACAGCCAACUUAUGAUCCACGCAACCAAUAUGCAUACAAUCAACCUCAACAACAAGCAAGUCGUGCUGAUGUAUACAUCUAUGGACCUGAUGAAGGAGCUCGAGUAUCAAGUGGACAAAGUAUUUACUUUGAUUGUGAAGUCAUUGCACCUAAUAAUCAAUAUGCUCAACCACGUUGGUCACGAGGUGGCAACCAGCCAUUACCAUUCAAAGUACAAAGCACAGCUCUUCCAGGUAAUCGUAAAAUCGCACGUCUUACAGUUCCAGAUGCGACCCGAAGUGAAGCCGGUCGAUAUGAAUGUAGCGCUGGUACAGGCAAUGCUAAUGAACAAGCUUCGAUCGAUUUACAAGUAACAGAUGGCGGCUAUUAUCCUCCACCACCACCACCACAACCACAACCUCAACCACAACCUCAACCUCAACCUCAACCUCAACCGCAACCACAAUAUCCUCCAUAUGAUCCAUACAAUCAAUAUCCAUACAACCAACCAGGUUACUAUCCAGUACCAAACCCUCAAACUCCACCCCCACCACCACCACCACAACCACAACCAGGUCCCGCCCAUGAAGAUGAUGACUCAAAUGAUAAUGAAUAUCAGGUAGAACCAACAACACCAAGACCAGCUCCUCCACCAGCACCUGCGCAACACGAAGAAGGUGGUGAAGAAGUUGAAGAUGAAAGCGAAUAUCCAGAAGAUUAUUCUGAAAAUGAAAAAUAA